AUGAACUCGAAUGCUUCUCAACGUGCGUCAUCAAAUCAGGGUGAACAGAAAGUUAAACCUUCAACACACUUGCAUAUUGCAACACCCUUGGAGCGCCUCUCGGAGCAAUUUUCCCCGCGGCACUUCCAGGUCAUUGUGUCGGGAGAGAUUGUAUCUGCCUCGAUCGACGGAGGUCGGGGCUCUGGUCCGCUAGUGUGCAGAUACCUAUUUGUCCACGGACCUGACUGGAGAAUCAUUUCCGGUGAAGAACAAGCAAUCUCACAGAGUGCUUACGCUGCAGGAGCCUCUAAUCUGGCUCUUGAGUUUCUGUCCUAUCCCCUAAACGCGGACCAAGACCAAGUAGUGUGGAACUUCCCGUUCAGCCUCAUCUUCAAAUCCACGAAUCCAUUCGGAUGGCCGCGUCUUGUUAUAUGCGUCUACGGUACCGACUGGCUGAACAGAAGAGUUGUUAUCGGCUAUACCUCUGUGCAUGUUCCGACACAACCGGGACGACACAUUCACACACUUCAACUCUACUCCAUCACUUCUUCGUCCUGGAUGCAAAGACUCGUCGCUUGGGCGACAGGAUGUCGACCGGAGUACGUCGAUCCUCAAACAGCGGCGCGCAGUGAAGGUCGUGAAGUGGUGCGAACAAGUCACGCAGGCCGCAUCAAGGUCUGCUUCAACGUUCUUUCGAGAGAUCUGCAGCAGCUCCAAUACUCCCUCUAA